AUGCCCCAGUAUGUGCUGGAGGCUGACUGGCUGGAAAGCAGCUUUGCAGAAAAGGACGUGGGGGGCUCCUGGUGGACACCAACCCCGGUAAGCACCAGGUCGACGAGGGCGGACCCGCCAAGGGGGCGGGGACAAGCGAAAACGACAGACGAGACAGCCAAUCGAGACGCGGGAUCGGCCGGCGGCGAUCUGGCGGCCCAACGGGCGCCGCGGAGGGCCUGGCCGAGUGGAGGAAGCGCGGGGGCGACAACGGGCCUUGUCGUGGCUGACGAGAUUAUUGGGGCGCGGGCCGCCUGGCCCGGUGGCGCCACUACUGUCUUCGGAAAGGUCAUCGGCAAGUCGCUUCCCGCCAACGUCAUCUACGAGGACGAGGAGUGCCUUGCGUUCCGUGAUCUUUCACCCCAAGCUCCGACGCUUUUCCUAGUCAUGCCUAAGGAGCCAAUUAUCAGGUUAUCUGAAGCGGAAGAUUCUGGUGAAUCUCUUCUUGGGCAUUUAAUGAUUGUUGGCAAGAAGCGUGCUGCUCACCUGGGCCUGACCAAUGGAUUCCGGAUGGUUGCAGAUGAAGGGCCCGAGGGUGGGCAGUCUGUCUGUCACGUACGUCUACGUAUUCUGGGUGGCUGUCAGUUGGGCUGGCCGCCUGGCUAAGAUUUUUGCACCGCAAGAGUUGCUGCACGUGUACAAAUCGCCACUGAAUGGAUUUCGUCUGUUGCCCGUCAGUCUAGCCACUGUUGAUGUCUAAUUUUCUGUGACGUGUGUCUGUGGAAGGUAAUAAAAGCUUUGAGCAGCAGUUGCACAAUAAAGAUUUAGCAUGGGGAUAUCA